AUGGCCCAAAACGACUCAAAGCACCUCCUCCCCAUGACCUCCAUCCUCUUCGCCGACGCCAAUUCCUCUUCACGGCCAAACACAUCCCACCACCUCGCGAACCCCACACUCGCCAACCUCAAAGACGCGCAAGACACCAGCAUCACCGCGCUGCCGCAGCCUGUCACCGAAGCCGAGAUCCCGGAGUCAGACGGUUUUUGGAAGAGAUUGUGGGCUAAGAUCAAGAUUGCGCUUGGUUUCGGUGAAAGGGAAGUGGAGUAUGAGGAGGAGAGGGAGAUGUGCAUUGGUGAGCCUUUUGGCUUCGUACAUAUUGGGACGGGAGGGAAUAGGCCGUUGUUGGGGCCGGGUGGGGUGCCGAGGGUUGGGGGUGGGGAUGAGGAGUGGGAGGAUGUGGAAUGA